GACGUCGUAUUCGAGUGGCAGCAGGCGGCCAGUAACGUCCUUGUCGCGGUUGGGAGGAGCUUCAUUAACAAUGUCAUGGAGGAGAUUCUGAUGAAGUUCCAGCCGGGGAUCCUCCCGCACUUCUUUGUCAUGCAGACGUUGGCCAGUCUCUCGGUGGCGAAUGUGUUCGGGAUGGUCCCGUUCCUAAACUCCAUCCUGGGGACCAUGCUGCCAAUGUUGGGGAUGGCCAAGCAGGACCCCAUGAAGGCCGUCUUCUGUGUGGCUCUUCAGCAUUUCAGUGAGAGUAUUCAGGAGUAUCUGGCCAAUCUGGACAAAGCUCCGGACCCCUCGGUGAGGAAGGACACCUUCUCCAGCGACCUGUUCAAUGCCUACGACGUCCUCUUCAAUACCUGGCUGCAGAACCGCGAGUCCAAGGUGAGGCGCCAACCGGUGCCGAGG